AUGGGCAAAAGAAAGGCGGGUGGUCGCCCUGCGGCCAGGAAAGAGUCCGCCCCAGCACGUACGAAAUUCAACAUCGAGGAGAGGUUUGACGACUCCGAAGAUGAAUUCCAGACGGGUCGUGAUCAAGUCCUGCUGGAGGAAGCACCGGAGGCAAAGAGACGGCGGAAGGUGAUCCAGGAAGAGGAAAUGCUCCAGCCGUCUGAUGAGGAAAUCAUGGGUUACGAGUCGGUGGACGAAGACGACUUGGAUGACGACGAGGACAUGGACGAGGAUGACUAUGGUGAAGAGGAUGAGAUAGACGACGAAGAACUCUUACGUCCCAAGACAAAGCGCGGUGGUGCUGCGGGGUCUGAUUCCGAGGACGAGGACGAGGACGGCAUUGCUGCUUGGGGUUCAUCGAGGAAAGACCUUUACAAUGCGGAUCAAAUAGAAACUGAAGCGGAUGCUCUUGAGGAAGAGGAAGAAGCUAAGAGACUCCAACAGAAGCACUUGCAAGCGAUGAAUGAGGCAGACUUUGGCUUUGACGAAACCGAAUGGGCCGAAUCUGGCAAAGGACAAGAAGAUGGGGAAGGUGAUGCUGGAGAAGUAACGGAGGUUCUCCCACAGUUGGAAAUCACAGACGAUAUGAGCACAGAGGAGAAACUGAAGAUUUUGAGGUCGAGAUACCCCGAGUUCGAGCCAUUGGCUAAGGAUUUCAUCGACCUUCAGACAACACAUCGCACGCUUGCAGAAGCCGCCGAGGCUGCUAAGACCACUAAAGAUGCAGUCCCCGAAGUUGCCCCAGUCCCUGUCAUCAAAUUCCGUGCCCUGUCGGCUUAUCUCGGUACUUUUGCUAUGUAUCUUGUGCUUUUAACAUCGUCUCGAGAUGCCUCUGGGAAUCCGGCUCCCUUGUCCCCGGCUCAGCUUCGAUGGCACCCGGUCAUGGGCGCCCUAGUGAAGUUUCGUAAGCUUUGGGAGUCUGCCAAAGACCUUACUGCUCCCGAAGUGUCGGAUGUCGAGGAAGAUAUGGACAGCGAAGAAGAUGUAUCUGUCGCCCCUGUCGCCAAGCAGCAGAGCUUGAAUAAGGAGGCGCAAAUUCCCAAGAAAAAGAAGGAGAAGGUCUCUAAAGCGCAGCGCAUGGCCGAGGCAGCACAGGCAGAGGCCGAAGCUCGUAGGGCACAGAGAUUACGGGAGACAGAGGCCAAUCUGGCGGAUCUCUCGAAUCUUGUCACCAAGCCUGGCAAGAAGAGAGCCGCCCAAAAAGCUAAACAAUCCUCUAAAGCUGCUGAUGACUCCGACUUCGGUGAUGAAGAUGCUCUUACUGCUAAGGAGGCUGAGGAGAAAGCCAAGCAGAAGCGUUCUCUCCGUUUCUAUACUUCCCAACUUGCGCAGAAGGCAAACAAGCGCACUGCUGCUGGUCGCGAUGCUGGUGGUGAUGCGGAUAUACCUUAUCGUGAACGUUUGAGGGAUCGCCAGGCUCGCCUGAAUGCUGAAGCUGAGAAGCGUGGUAGACAGAAGCCUAAGGAAUCCGAACAACUGGGCGGCGACAGUGACGACGAAGAUCAUCGGGUUGCCAAUGAGCUUAGAGGGGACCAGGGCGGAUCGGAUGAUGACGAUUAUUAUGAUAUGAUUGCUGCACGUUCCAAGCAACGCAAGGAUGAUAAGAAGGCGCGUGCUGAAGCGUACGCCGCCGCUGCCCGUGAAGGAGGUCAAGUGGCAAUCCAGGAGGAGGUUGGACCAGAUGGCAAACGAGCCAUCACAUACCAAAUCGAGAAGAACAAGGGUCUUGCGGCCAAGCGGAGCAAGGACUCCCGCAAUCCCCGUGUCAAGAAGAGGAAGAAGUUUGAAGAGAAGAAGAAGAAGCUGGGUAGUAUCCGCCAGUUGUACAAGGGUGGUGAAGGUCGUGGUGGCUAUGCUGGUGAACUUACUGGUAUCAAGAAGAACCUGGUUAAAAGUGUCAAGCUAUAG